AUGCCAGACAUUCUCCGCUUCCUCCAUUCCCAAUUCUUCGUCACUCCACCCAAACCCACCACCGACCUCACCGGCAAAACAGUCAUCGUAACCGGUUCCAAUGUCGGACUGGGCAAGGAAGCCGCCCGUCACUUCACCGCACUCAAUGCCUCCACCGUAAUCCUCGCCGUGCGGUCCCUUGAAAAAGGCGAAGCCGCACGCGCCGACAUCGAAGCAACCACCGGCCGCAAGGGCGCAGUAAAAGUAAUGCAACUCGACAUGUCGUCGUACGCCUCCGUGCUCGACUUCGCCGCCCGCGCAGCCAAAGACCUCGACCGCAUCGACAUCGCCGUGCUAAACGCCGGUAUCAUCCGCGGCGCCGGCAUCUGGGAAGUCUUUGAGCAAGACGAAUCCACCAUUACUGUAAACGUGGUAUCUACGUUCUUGCUGGCGUUUGCGCUGCUGCCGAAAAUGAAGGAGACGGCGGCGAAGUUCAACACGAGACCCACGCUUACGGUUGUGAGCUCAGAGGUACACGGAUGGUCGCCCUUCAACGAGCGAAAAGCGCCCGAAGGUGGUAUCUUCGCCAGGCUGAAUGAGAAGGUUGUAGAUGGCAAGGACGUAAGUCUCGCAGUUCGGUACCAAACGAGUAAAUUGCUAGAAGUACUGUUUGUCCGAGAAUUCUGCGAAAAAUACCCCAGUGGAGACAUUCCCGUCACUGUGAAUUUGGUUAACCCGGGGUAUUGUAAAUCGGAAUUCCAACGCGAACAAUCUUUUGCAGCGAAGAUCGGGGCGUUAUUACUCGCUAGGACGACGGAGGUUGGGUCGAGGACGCUGGUGCAUGCCGGCGUGCAGGGUGAGGAGAGUCAUGGCAGGUAUUUUAGUGAUUCUCAAAUUACGGAGCCUAGCCCGUAUGUGAGGAGUGAAGAGGGGAAGAGGGAUCAGGGGCGUGUGUGGAGGGAGUUAGUGGGGAAGUUGGAGGGGAUUAAGGAGGGGGUUACGAAGGUUUAA